GACAAGGAGCGGAGCAAGCACUCAGGAGUUGAGCGAGUCUCCCGCGACGCAACUGGGCAUGCUCAGAAGCCGGGCAGGUUUGGGUCUCAACCAGGCGGCUUGUGCAUUACACCAGCGUUAGCAGCACUGGGAGGAGGAGGAGGAGAGAGAGGAAGAAGGGUAGGAGGAGCGGCCAGCAAUAGCCACGAUCGCCACCACCAGGCAGAGGAAGAGUUUUGGGGCAGGAAAAGACCUUUCUUCCACUUACAGCGCCUUGUGUCUUUUGGGAGGAAAAAAAAAAAAGCAUACCAGCAGAUAAAGGAGGAGACGGAAAGAAAAAGAAGAGGAGGAAGAAAAGCGUGUGUGUGCAGGGGGAGACAGAGGGACAAAAGAACGUGAGAAGAAAGGGCCGGAGUGUGCAAAGGGAGCCCGAGGCGCGGGGGCGGUAGUGCGGAGCCGCGAGCGCUGUCGCUUGGGCAGGUGCCGCCGCCGCUGCCGGGAGGCGGCAUGUGACGCGCGGCCUCAGCUGCCGGCGGGCGGAACGCUCUCGGACCCGGGAGUGCACACCCGGGGCAACUCCGUGCCAACCCGAAAUCCCGCGCACCUCGUCGGUUUGCUGUAGCUGUAGCAGCCCUUCUGGAAAGACCCGCGAUGAACCUAAGGGCGGCUCCGGGCAGAGGCGCGCGUUCCUAGGACAUUCGCUCUCUAAAAGCCGACCAGGAGACGCGAAGGCACGGUAAACCCGGAGCCCCCCCGUCUGUCAAGGAACCGCGAAGGAACGCUGUGAGACGGCCACCUGGAGCGCAGCUGCCAGAUAUGAAGAAUAAUGGAAUAUAUUUUGAUUACAACUUGCUCUGCGGAUCUAGUAUUGAAUGAACUGUAUCAAUCACAACAUGAUGUACAACAUCAAAGUUCUUCACUAGUAGCACCUGUGUUCUGAUUAGUGGCCAAAUAAAUGACAUAUAAAACUUCAGCUAAGGUACUGUAAGGUAAGAGUCUUUUUCCAGUAAAAUGCUUUGCUUGAAAAAAAUUUUGACGAUUUCAUCUGUGAGAACAAAUUAAUGAGGAAUAAGAACUUACAAAUGGUGUUUUUCAACAUGAUUUGCAGUUGCUACUGUGUGCAUCUUAAUAUGAACAUACAGUUGUGCUCUAGUGUUUGUGUCACUUAAUGAAGACAUGAUGUGCCCAUUUGCUCUUCAGAUUCAAAAUUAGAAUGAAGAUUCAUUUUCCCCCUCCUUAUUUGUUUGACGUUCUGCUUUUGUGGUGAUGUGCUACAAGAAAAGUUCAGCACCUAGUACAGUCCACAUUGAGUUGGUUUGAUGAUCCACCUGGAAUAGACUAUGUCAGAGAGUCACAAUGACCUUGCACAGUAACAGUACAGCCUUGCCUUUGUUUCCAAACAUCAGCUCUUCCUGGAUACAUGGCCCUCCAGACCCAGGGCUGCCCCCAGGAACAGUCACUCAUUUUGGCAGCUACAACAUUUCCCAAGCAGCUGGGAACUUCUCCUCUCCAAAUGUCACCACCAGUGAUCCUCUGGGAGGUCAUACCGUCUGGCAAGUGGUCUUCAUCGCCUUCUUAACGGGCUCCCUGGCCUUGGUGACCAUCAUUGGCAACAUCCUAGUAAUCGUGGCAUUUAAGGUCAACAAGCAGCUGAAGACGGUCAACAACUACUUCCUCUUGAGCCUAGCCUGUGCUGAUCUCAUCAUUGGGGUCAUUUCAAUGAAUCUGUUUACUACCUACAUCAUCAUGAAUCGAUGGGCUUUAGGGAACUUGGCCUGUGACCUCUGGCUUUCCAUUGACUACGUGGCUAGCAAUGCCUCCGUCAUGAACCUGCUGGUCAUUAGCUUUGACAGGUACUUUUCCAUCACGAGGCCGCUCACAUACCGAGCCAAACGAACAACAAAGAGAGCUGGCGUGAUGAUUGGUCUGGCUUGGGUCAUCUCUUUUAUCCUUUGGGCUCCCGCCAUCUUGUUCUGGCAAUACUUUGUUGGGAAGAGAACUGUGCCCCCAGAGGAGUGUUUCAUUCAGUUCCUCAGCGAGCCCACCAUUACCUUCGGCACGGCCAUUGCUGCCUUUUAUAUGCCUGUCACCAUUAUGACUAUUUUAUACUGGAGAAUCUAUAAGGAGACCGAAAAACGUACCAAAGAGCUUGCUGGACUGCAAGCCUCUGGGACAGAAGCAGAGGCAGAAAACUUUGUCCACCCCACGGGCAGUUCUCGAAGCUGCAGCAGCUAUGAGCUCCAACAGCAAAGCAUGAAACGCUCAGCCAGGAGGAAGUACGGCCGCUGCCACUUCUGGUUCACAACGAAGAGCUGGAAGCCCAGUGCUGAGCAGAUGGACCAAGACCACAGCAGUAGCGACAGCUGGAACAACAACGAUGCUGCUGCCUCCCUGGAAAACUCGGCCUCCUCUGACGAGGAGGACAUUGGCUCAGAGACAAGAGCCAUCUACUCAAUCGUGCUCAAGCUUCCAGGUCACAGCACCAUCCUCAACUCCACCAAAUUACCCUCAUCAGACAAUUUGCAGGUGCCCGAGGAGGAGCUAGUGAAAGCAGACUUGGAGAGGAAAACCAACAAGCUGCAGGCUCAGAAGAGCAUGGAUGAUGGAGACAGUUUUCAAAAAAGCUUCUCUCAGCUCCCCAUCCAGUUAGAGUCCGCCAUGGACACAGCCAAGACCUCUGACGUCAACUCCUCGCUGGGUAAGGCCACGGCCACUCUUCCUCUGUCCUUCAAGGAAGCUACCCUGGCCAAGAGGUUCGCUCUGAAGACCAGAAGUCAGAUCACUAAGCGGAAAAGAAUGUCCCUCAUCAAGGAGAAGAAAGCAGCCCAGACCCUCAGUGCGAUCCUCCUUGCCUUCAUCAUCACCUGGACCCCGUACAAUAUUAUGGUUCUGGUGAACACCUUUUGUGACAGCUGCAUACCCAAAACCUAUUGGAAUCUGGGCUACUGGCUGUGCUACAUCAACAGCACCGUGAACCCCGUGUGCUAUGCACUGUGCAACAAAACAUUCAGAACCACGUUCAAGAUGCUGUUGCUAUGCCAGUGUGACAAAAGGAAGAGGCGCAAGCAGCAGUACCAGCAGAGACAGUCCGUCAUCUUCCACAGGCGGGUGCCCGAGCAGGCCUUGUAGAGUAAGAGUUUCAUAAUAGCCGUGACCUAACACACACAGCAACCCACAAACCUUAGGGAGGAGCAAGGUGAGGGUAGGGGUGAUCUCUGGUGAUGACAAAAAUGUUUCAUCACCCAGAUGUGAAAGAAGCUGCCUGUUUACUGAUCCUUUGAAUAAACCCAUUUUCAUAUAAAAGUCAAGUACAAAUUCAGCAAAACACACACACACACACACACACACACACACACACAAAGCUUACUACUGAAUAUAAAGAAAUUUAUUCUGAAAUAAAGACUUUCAGUGUUUUUUUUCUUAAAAAGGAAAAAAAGUUGCUUCACAGCAAUUAUACACCCACAUUGCUCUGCCUGGGUCUCUUAGUUCACAUUAGCUGUAGAAUGUCCGAUGAGCAUAGCUAGCUGGCCCAGUUGCCACCUUCUUUCCAAGGAUCCCGAAUGUGUUGCUCCAGACCCCAUGGGGAACACAACAGGCUAGUGGAACCAUGGUUCCGAAAUUAUUUCAUACAUGGCAAAGCUGAACUCCUUGUCCCAAUAGAGCUUCCUGUCUUCUCUUUGGUGUGUUGUUAAACUCUAUUUGUGGACUUGAAUCUUGCAAAGUACUGUUUUGUGCAGUUCAAGUUUCAUGCAAAUAAAAAUAUAUAAGUAUAUAUAUAUGUGUGUGUGAGUUCUGCAUGCACACACAUAGUGUAUAUAAUGUACUGGGAAACACUGAACUGGCAAAUUAUUCCUGCAAUAUAUGCUUUCAGUACUUUGGUAACUGAAGUCCUCUAGGAUCCUAAUACCACGUAAAAGUAAAAUAAAUCCACCUUAAUGUUUUUGAAACCAGGGAAGUUUUCCACAACCCCCCUGGAGAAUUUUCAGCACAGAGCAGCCAGGCCCUGUGGCAGGCUGUGUAGAGCGGACGGCCUCUGGAGUCAGGUUGACUGCCGUGCAUUGACCCAACUCAGAGUGUAAACAAUUUCCUUUGUUGGUAUCUUCCUCACCAUAGCUAAAUCUGGACCCCUCUGAGCUCAAAGAAUGAACCACAACCACGUUUGAAUUUAGAGGUAGUCCAUAUCUGAAUAUGAUUCAAAACACAAGUUCUGCUAUCUCAACUGCUUGAAACUCAAUAAUAGUGACGCACGAAUGUUGAACACAGUGAUCUCUGUGGCAAAAUGAAAGAAAAAUUAUAAGGGGGCAGGGUGAGGGAGAACACGGUUUUCGAUUUCUUACUACCUGGCACCUUCUAAAAAAGAAAAGGGCUUAAACCUUUGUUACUUAGCUGUGGCCGGCACUUUCUGUUGUUCAUUGUAUGAGCUUCACCCAGAAGCGGUGGAGUUUGUGAAGUUAUGUGUCCUUGGAAGAAAGAACUACUCUGCAAAGUGUUGCUUCAAACUGAUUUACUUACAUUUUGAAAAAAUAAUUUUGCAUUACCCUUUAAAUUGACCAAAAUGGUAAAUUUUUACUUGGGGGAGGGAAUGGGCUUCUGCUGUUGUUGUGUUGUUUUGCUGCUGCUGUAGUCAUUGGAAUUCUUUCUUUUCCAUU